AUGACUGUGUGAGUAUAUAAUAUCAGAUGUCUGAGUGUUCUUGGUCACAUUUGCUCUAGAUUUUUUGUCAGAGUUUCCAAACAUCCUAAGAAGUUAUUUGCCACUAUGAUUGCUGGAGGCUUAACCGAGAUCAAGCCCGCGACUCCAGAAAUCCAAGAGAUUGCUGACCAGGUGAAGCCACAGCUGGAAGGGAAAGAGAACAAGACGUAUCCAGUCUAUGUAGCCCUAAAAUAUAAAACUCAGGUGGUUGCUGGAAUAAACUACUUCAUUAAGGUCUCCAUCAGCAAAAGCAACGAUGAGUGUGUACACUUGAGGGUUUUCCAAAGCCUUCCUCAUGAGAACAAGGGGCCCAGUCUUACCAGCUAUGAGACUGGCAAAACCAAAAAUGAUCCAUUGGAGCCAUUUUGAAUGAGAU